AUGGGGCUGGGCUGGUCCCCGCUCGGCAGCUGCGGGCAGCACGGGGAGCCUCUCCGUGCCACGGUGGAGGCCGCAAGUCUCCUUGGGCCGGUGCACAGCAAGCGAGUGUGGAGCCCCCCCCCAGUCCCCUUCUCUGGCAUCCUGGGGCCGAGCCCGAGGCAGCUGGAGGACUGGCAUCAGCCCAGGCGCCCGGCCCGGCCCGGGCCCCCCUCGCAUGCUGAUGCCGCUUGCGCAGGCCUGGCGGCCUGCCCGGCCCAGCAGGCACAGACGGCGACGGGCUGUGCAUGGAGGAGCAGGCCCCAUGGCCUCGGGGGACAAGCCAAGCGGAGAGGUGGGCAUGGGGUCCCGCGUGGGCGCAGGAGCAGGGGCCGUCGGUGGGAAGAGCCCCGUUUUGGGGGGCAGGGAGGCCACGUUGCCCAUUGCCGGUGGACGUCUUCCCGCACGCAGCUGGCGAGCAGCCUGCGGGCCAUCGCUGCCCGCUACCAGGAGCUCAGCCAGUUCCCCACGGUGACCCACGCCGCCCUUGGGGCUGGGCCCACCACCUCUGCAGGGGGCCAGACCUUCCUGCUCUACACUGAGUGCAGCCAGCCGGACCCGGGGCGCCGGCGGUGCCUGCGCUUCAGCCGGCACUACAGCGUGCACCGCUCGCCCGGCGGCACCGUCUCCGUCAGCCGGGCAGCUCUCAGCGCCGAGCUCCAGCACCAGCUCCUCGGCCAGCUCUCGCCCACGGGGCGGCACCGCGCCGUGCUCACCCGCUGCCCAGACCAGCGCCACGAGCUGCUGGAGGUGUGGGGCAGCACCGGCCGCAGCUGCAGCGUGGACCUCACAGCGCUGGGCAAGCACGGAGAGGUCUACACAGAGGGCCCCUUUGCUUGCCUGGCUUGGUCCCACGCGGAGACACGGCUGCUCUACGUGGCCGAGAAGAGCCAGCCCACACCACGGCCCCGCUUCUCCUGGGAUGGUCCAGGAGCGGCCGGGGCGGCAGAGGAGGAAGAGGAGGAGAAGGGCGAGCGGUUCCUGUACCACGAGGACUGGGGGGAGGCGCUGAGCACCCGCAGCGUGCCCGUCCUCUGCGUGCUGGACGUCCAGGAGAGCAGCGUCACUGUGCUGGAGGGUGUCCCAGAGGACGUCUCCCCCGGGCAGGCCCUGUGGUCCCCCGAUGACAGCGGCGUGGUGUUCGUGGGCUGGUGGCACGUGCCCUUCCGGCUGGGGCUGAGCGCCUGCUCCAACAGGAGGUCGGGUAUUUUCUACUUGGACCUGGCCAGCAGGCGCUGUGAGCUGCUGUCCGCGGAGCACCGCGCAGCCUGCUCCCCGCGGCUCAGCCCCGACGGCCGGCGCCUGCUGUACCUGGAGGGGGCUGUGGGGGGGCCCCACCGCCAGUGCCUGCAGCUGCGCGUGCUCACCUGGCACACGAGGCUGACGGCGACGGUGCUCGACGUGGUCCGGGAGCCCCCCGACGGCGAGGGCAGCGGGGCCUUCACCGGGAUCUACGCGGACGCGCUGCCGCCGCGGUGCUGGGCGGCCGACAGCCGCCGAGCCCUGCUCAGCACCCCGCAGCGGAGCCGCACGGACCUGCUGCUCGCCGACACGGAGGCAGCCACCGUGACCAACCUCACCGCAGGCUCGCCUGAAGGGUGCUGGGUGCUGCUCACCACCCAGUGGGACCUGCUCGUGGCCACCUGCUCGGCCCCCCACCAGCCGCCCAGCCUGGUGGUGGCGGUGCUGCCACCGGCGGGCCAGGAGCCGACACUCCGCUGGGUGCGCGCAGAGGACACUGCACCGGUGCCCGGCAUCUCCUGGAAAACCCUGUCGGUCCAGCUGCCCUGCGAUGAGCAGAGCCCUCCUCUGCGCCCCCAGGCCUUGGAGGCCGUGCUGCUGAGCCCGCCGGCCGGCGCGGCACCACACCCCUUGGUCGUGUGCCCCCACGGUGGCCCCCACGCUGUCUUCGACGCCCGCUGGCGCCCGUCCAUGGCCGCGCUGUGCCAGCUGGGCUUCGCCGUGCUCAUGGUGAAUUACCGCGGCUCCCUGGGCUUCGGCCAGGCCGCCAUCGACUCGCUGCUCUCCCGGGUGGGCGAGCAGGACGUGGCGGACACGCAGCUGGCGGUGGAGCGAGCGCUGCAGAGCGAGGCCCUGGACCCGUGUCGCGUGGCCCUGCUGGGCGGCUCCCACGGCGCCUUCAUCGCCCUCCACCUGCUCGCCCGCCACCCGGAGCGCUACCGGGCCUGCGCCGUCCGCAGCCCCGUCACCAACCUGGCCACCUUGCUGGGCACCUCCGACAUCCCCGACUGGCGCUACACGGCCCUGGGGCUGCCCUAUGCCUUCGAGCGGGUGCCCCGCGCCGAGGACCUGGCUGCCAUGCUGCUGCACUCGCCCAUCACCGGGGCGUCCCGGGUGCGGGCACCGGUGCUGCUGUGCGUCGGCGGGAGGGACCGGCGCGUGUGCCCCAUGCAGGCGCUGGAGUUUUACCGGGUGCUGCGAGCCAGGGACGUCCCGGUGCGCCUGCUCUGGUACCCGGAGGGAAACCACGCGCUGUCCGGCGUGGAGACGGAGGCCGACGUCUUCGGGAACUGCGCCCGCUGGAUCAUCCAACAUCUGGGGCAGAGCCGGGCCGCGCCGGGCCAGCAUGGCCCCUAG